UGCUGCUACUGCAGCUCUGCUGAACUUCCCAAGAGAAGGAAGUAGAAACAAGGAGGGAAAGGGAACCUGCAGGAGAGAAAAGGGCUUCCUCCAUCUCCCACCCAUCCAUUCAUCCAUCCAGGAUUUGGGAGAGCCCAGGAAUGCUGGCUCGCCCCCUUCUCGUUUGAAGCUCAAUAAUAGCUGCUUCUUCCUCUCUGCAGAUUUGUGGGAGUCUAGAGAAAGGGAUGAAGGUACAACAGUCUCCAAAGUCUGAACCUGAAGUUGGACAAGAAGAUAAUUACGGAAGAGCUAGCAGUGUGAUUCACAGGGGAUAUAGGAUGGGACAACUCCAAGGGGAAGUAUCGCAGGAGGACCAACCCCCUCGAGGAAUACAACAACAUUGGGAAACCCAAGGGCAGGAGUUCCUAAACAAGAUGUGGCCCCAUCACACAGAAAGGGGGGAUCCAGAGACAUUGGAGGAGGUCGUUCCGUGGGAAGAUGCCAAGGCCUUCCUGGCCUCCUUUGAGCAAGUGGCCAAAGCCUGUCGGUGGCCAAAGGAAGAGUGGGUUGCCCGGCUGUUGCCCGCAUUGAGCGGAGAAGCAGAGCAAGCCUUUCAGAGCCUGGAAGCCCUCGACAGGAAGGAUUACAGGAAAGUAAAGGUGGCCAUUUUGCGGGCGGAUGCCCUGAAAACAGAGGCCCAGCGCCAGCAUUUUCGGCAGUUCUGCUGCCAAGAGGUGGAGGAUCCGCGAAGGGUUUACAGCCAUGUUCAGGAGCUUUGCAGUCGGUGGCUGAAGCCGGAGAGACGCAGCAAGGAGCAGAUCCUGGAGCUGCUGGUCCUGGAGCAAUUCCUGGCCAGUCUUCCCCAAAACAUGCAAGGCUGGCUCCGAGGCGCAGGGCCAGAGACCUGUUCCCAGGCUGUGGCCUUAGUGGAGGAUUUCAUGAUGAGCCGACAAGAGGAUGAAACACGGAAACAGCAGGAAUCGAUGAACAUCAGGGAAACUUGGCCCAUCUUCAGCCAACCUCUGAUCCAUCCACACCAACAGAUUGUACUCUGGAAGGUUCUGCAAGACGAUCCUAGGGUUGCGGAUUCUUUGGGUGGUGAAAGUGGAAGCCAGAUCAAGAUGGAGAAUUCUCCCUUGGGAGGAAACGAGCCAGAGGACAUCCCCAAGACAUUGCAACAAACCAGCCAAGGAGAUGUGCUGGGAAGACUGGGAAUGCACAAUGAAGGAUGUGAAUUCAAAGAAGAACAGUGGGAGCAGCCCAUGGGGACAGAGAAUACAUGGAAAGAGUGCAGUGGGCAUCUUAACCUUAAACCUGCCCUUGAAUAUCUUGUCAAAGAGCAUACAAGGGAUAAAAUGCCCGUGUUCUCGAACUGUGGUAGAAGACUUGAUAUGGCCCAUACUUUGGAGGACUGCAAAGAAGAACCCUGCCAAGAAAAUCCAUACUCUAGUGAGCAUCAAAUAACUUCUGGGAAUAAAUCUGAAUUCUUUGAGGAACAGGAAGGAGAUCAUUUGGACACAGAUCAGAAUAAUUAUGCAGCAGAAACAUCCGACAGUUCUCCUGAGCGUGGGAAGAAUGUGGGCUUUGCUUCCUCGCUGAAGACAAAUCCAGGAAUACAGAGUGAAGGGAGAAGGUAUGGUUGCCCUCAGUGUGGAAAAUGUUUCCUUCAGAGAAGAAAUCUGAUGAUCCAUCAGCGCUCUCACAUUGGAGUUCUACCUUGCAAAUGUUUCCAGUGCGGGAAAUGCUUUGGUCAGCGAAGGAGUUUGACCAUUCACCAGAGAACGCACACAGGGGGUAAACCACACAAAUGUUUUCAGUGUGGGAAAAGUUUCAGCCUGGGGAAGUAUUUGAAGAGACAUGAAGGCAUUCACUCUGGGGUGAAGGUGAAACCUUAUAAAUGUUCCCAGUGCGAAAAAUGCUUCAACCAAGAGAAAGAGCUGAAGAUCCACCAGAGGAUUCAUACUGGAGAGAAACCCUACCAGUGCUCUCAGUGUGGGAAACGUUUCAACCAGCAAGGAAACCUCAUGAACCACUGGCGGAUUCACACUGGAGAGAAACCCCACAAAUGCUCUGUGUGUGGAAAGAGCUUUGGCCGCAGUAACCAGCUCAAGACCCACCAAGGAAUCCACACCAGGGAGAAACCGUAUAAGUGUUCUCAAUGUGGGAAAUGCUUCAGGGUGGGGAAAUACUUGAAGAGACAUGAAAGAAUUCAUGCCGGCCAGAUGAAAACACUUGAUGUGUCAUGACUUUACUUUCUGGUUUUGUGUGAAGCCUUAGACCUGGCCUGUGUAUAUUUGAAACAAGGGAGAGGGUUCCCAUGGAAACUGGAGCAAUGAAGGGGAGGGGCCAGGGUGAGGGAUAGGAGGCGUGAGGGAAAUAAACUGUCUGUUGGAUUUUUUUUCAUACCCCCAAAUUAUUAUUUUAGAAAUAAAACCAUAGAAA